GAUCGCACGACACAGCCGGAUCGCCUUUCCCUUCCGCCGCCUUCUCCCUGCCGACGAUUCGCCAAUGGCCGCCAAGGGCGUCCCCGGAUCGGUGUCGGUUCCAAUGGAGAUGGAACGUGAGCCGCGCUCGCUGGCCUCUCGGCUGCUUCCGCCUGGACUGGCCGACAAUGUGCUCGCGCUCUCGCUCUGUGCACAGGUCGGAAUGCUCGCCCGCUUUGCAAUCGGCCUCGGCACGAGCACCGGGUGGAAGGAGGGGCGGGGCUUCAACGCGCAGAGCUCGCUCUUCACCGUGCUGCCGGCCAACAUCGUCGGCUGCCUGAUCAUGGGCGCGCUCGCCGACGGAAAAGCCGUCGCCUCGCUGCUUCGCGCCGCUGCGCCUCCGCUCGACGGCGGCAGAGGGCUGGAGAUGGCGGGUGGCGAGGCGCUCCCCCUGGUCGGGCGCACGCCGAAGGCGUGGGCGCCGCUGCUGCUCGGGCUGCGCACCGGCUUCUGCGGCAGCCUCACCUCCUUCUCCUCCUGGAACCAAGCCGUGGUCGCGCUGCUCGACGUGGACGGCGAUUCGUUCCGCGACUUCAAGCUCUGCGUCGGCAUCGCCACCGCCCCCUUCGGCGCGCUGCUGCGCUGGAAGCUGGGCAAGCUGCUCAACGGCUACGACGUCUUUGGCGAGGUGGCUGCCGACGGGAACGGCGCGUGGUACGCCGAAGCCACUCUUAAGGGGCUCGGGCUCGGCUUCUGCGGCUGCCUCUCCACCGUCUCGACGUGGAUCAACGAGGUCAACACACUGCUUUCGCCGCGCCCGUCUGCAGAGGCGGCGGCGGGCUACGGCUGCGGCUGCGCCGGAGUCACGUACGCACUAGGCUCGGUCGCCCUCGGGCUGGCGGUUGGCGUGCCGGCCUUCGGGUGGUCCGAGUGGGCCUAAGAGUGGUGCGCUCUCCAGUCUGCCCGCCGCCCGGAUCGCGGCGGCGAAGGCCUGGGGCGAGUGGGACUGCGGGGCGGGGCGCUCGCCGCGCAGGGCUGCCAAGGGGGGGGGGGGGGUCCCGAGAGAUUCGCCGCGCGGGUGUGUCCCGGCGGGCGAUGGUGGGCGCAUGACAGAGAGCGGCGGCGGCGGUCCCUUCCGGCCGACGUCUCGAGGUCUCGAGGUCACCAGGCCCUCGAGGUGUCGCGGUCUCGAGGUCGAGGUGUCGUUCACGGGAGGCGCCGCAUAGGGCGGGCGCGCGAUCCCGGCCGCCAGGCACCGCGAGGGAGCGAGAGUCGAGAGAGCGAGAUGGCGCGUGUACGUCUCGGGAGUAGUCCUCUCCGCUAGCGAGAGAGCCCGAAUGCGUGCCCGGUACGUGUGUGUACGUCAGGUACGAGAUAUUGUCCCUGUGGUUCCGCGAGUAAUUGAAGCUUUCUCUGUAUGUGUUUGUACCGUGACAA